CAAGGUGAGUCGAAACAAUACUGCGCGGUGGAUCCUCUCGCGGGGCUUCCCCCUUACGAUCUAGAGGACAAUCAGGCUGGAAACCACCGAGAGAGGGAUGUGUGAAGUUCAACGUGCGAGGUUGUUUCGACGACGCAGGGAGGGAUACUAGAGGCUGUGGCGGGAUUGCUAGAAAUCAUGAUGGGAAAAUAGUAGCACGCUUUGUGUAUAGACCAUCAGCUGCUAAGUCGAGCCUCAACACGGAGCUCUGGGCAAUCCUUUGGGCUCUGAAGGUUGCAGAGGACCUCGGUUUGAAGGCAGUUGAAGUGGAAAGCGAUUGCACUGAGGCGGUCCAGGCGGUCCAGGGAACAAGAGGGGCCGUUGUUGUGGAUGACUCUGAUGUUGGUGUUAUGAAUGAUAUAAAGAGGAGGAGAGAUGAUAGGGAGGUGGAAGUGAAGGAAUGCAAGAAAGACCAGAACACGGCAGCCGAAGCCCUCGCCCAAUAUGCUAGCUCUAUGGUCACAGAUUUGCAUGUCAUCUAUGAAAGGCCUCAUAGGGCACCGGAAUUAAGUGAAAGAGGACAGUCCUCACCAACAACACAACAACAGGAAUCAGGUGUCAAUAGUAAGCCACCACUGCAGGGUGAGUCGAAACAAUACUGCAAGGUGGAUCCUCUCGCCGGGCUGCCCCCCUUACCAUCUAGAGGACAAUCAGGUGAUGAAAGAAGACAGAAGAAAGAUUUGUACCGUGCUAUAUGUGAUGACAACUGGAAUAAAGCGAAGCAAAUUCUGGAUCAAAACCCUCAAUUUUUGACACCAGUAGCUCCUAGCCGAACACCACUUCAUGUGGCUGCAAUGAUUGGGCAUGUCACCGUAGUAGAUAAGUUAGUGGAAUUACCGUCUUCAGAAUCCUUUGUAAACAAAGUAGAUUCCAACGGUUAUACAGCACUUGCAUUGGCUUCUUGGUAUAGUGGAAAAAAUGAAGUUGUAGACUCUCUCCUGCGGUGCGAAGAAAAUAACCGCAUGGCCUGCAUUGCAACCAAACAUGAUGAACUUCCUGUUGUACUGGCUUUUGACACAAAUCGCAUGAUGCUAGGACAUAAGCUUUAUUCUCGCACUCCACUGGAUCGCAUCACCAACCGUCAGGGUGCUAAGCUUUUACGCAUUUUGAUUCAAACACAAUGUUUCGGUCUUGCGCUGGAUUUGCUUCAACAUCACCGAGGAUUGCUUUUAGUGGCCAUCAAUGAUGAAGGGUGGACGCCAAUUUAUGAGAUCGCAACCUUGAACACUGCUAUCCUCAGCCCGAGUGAACUUCGUCAUCGGAAUAAACUCUUUCAUGAGUAUCUGCGUACGUGAGCAAAUAUUUCAAAUGCUUUCCUUUGUUGUUCAUUAUGACGAGUACAUUUUGUUUAUACUAUUUUCCCUCCAUUCUUUAGAUUGUAAUAUGCAGCAUUACGAUAUAUGUUGAACGUAGACUAUAUUAAAAUGUGAAUACAAGUCUCACACACACACACACACACACACACACAAUUUCUAAAAGGUUUCUUUUAUUUCCUUCGUCUUGAUCGUAGCCAGAAGAC